CAGAAGGCUCCUGCAUACAUAGCUGAUACGCCACCUACUGCAAAACUGAGCUGACAGCGCAGGCGAUGCUGCCAGCAUUUCCAUUCCAUCAUCAGACAGGGGCUGAAUAAAGGCGUGUUUGUGUGGUAGUGUUUCUUUUUGAAAAUCGCAAAGCCAAGGAGAGCAAGCUGAAAUAGCAUCUUCAAAAAUGGAGCGUAAAUUGAACAGAAGAGAAAAAGAAAAGGAGUACGAAGGGAAACACAACAGCCUGGAAGAUGCUGAUCAAGGGAAGAGCUGCAAAUCCACACUGAUGACCCUCAACGUUGGUGGAUAUUUAUAUAUAACUCAAAAACAAACACUGACCAAGUACCCAGACACUUUCCUUGAAGGGAUAGUAAAUGGAAAAAUCCUCUGCCCAUUUGAUGCUGAUGGUCACUAUUUCAUAGACAGGGAUGGGCUCCUCUUCAGGCAUGUCCUAAACUUCCUACGAAAUGGAGAACUUCUACUGCCCGAAGGGUUUCGAGAAAAUCAACUUCUUGCACAAGAAGCAGAAUUCUUUCAGCUCAAGGGACUGGCUGAGGAGGUGAAAUCCAGGUGGGAAAAAGAACAGCUAACACCCAGAGAGACCACUUUCUUGGAAAUAACAGAUAACCACGAUCGCUCACAAGGACUGAGAAUCUUCUGUAAUGCUCCUGAUUUCAUAUCAAAAAUAAAAUCUCGCAUUGUUCUGGUGUCCAAAAGCAGGCUGGAUGGAUUUCCAGAGGAGUUUUCAAUAUCAUCAAAUAUCAUUCAAUUUAAAUACUUCAUAAAGUCUGAAAACGGCACCCGACUUGUAUUAAAGGAAGAUAACACCUUUGUCUGUACCUUGGAAACUCUUAAGUUUGAGGCUAUAAUGAUGGCCUUAAAGUGUGGCUUUAGGCUGCUGACCAGCCUGGAUUGUUCCAAGGGGUCAAUUGUUCACAGCGAUGCACUUCAUUUUAUCAAGUAAUUACCUGUGUUUUGAACAAAGGCAACAAGCAUGCAGCCAGCAAGCUUCGGGAAACCACAGCAUCAAAGGCAUCCCAAAUAAUGUGCCCAGCUAGCUCGGUAUUCAAAGCCCUGCUGCUAAUCAAUUACUGUGAGCUAACGGUAUGUAAAUUCUAUGGCUAAUGAUGUCCUUCUCUAGGGUGUUCCUGCUGAUCAGACUCUUACACUUAAAAUGAAAACAGUGAUCUUCUAUAUAUUGUAAAUAAAGACUGAUGGGUUUUUUUUUUUGUUUAUUUUUCCUUAAGCUGUCUUUCAAUCAGAAUGGCUUGGGUACUUGCACAACAAACAAGCAUGUACAGUAUCUAUCAUUCAUUUUAGUAAAUGGUAAAAUAAUGUUUUAAGGGAUUAUUAGCUUUAAAAUCCUUUUUACUUUUGGUAAAAAUCUACAAUGAAACUGAACUGGUAAAAUUAACCAGCAAAACAUGUGCAGAUUUAUUAAAACAGAGCUAUAGUAAAAACAAAAAGAGAUAACAAGGUAAUAGAGCUAUUGAUUUAAUUUUUAAUGGUAGGCACCAAAAGCUUACUCAAAGUUCUUGUGUUUCAUACCAGAAUUAUACUUGAAUUGAUAUUUUGCUGACAAUUCCUAGAAAACUGCUUGAUGACAAUAAAAAAUAAAAGUACUGCUAGCUUCUUUGCUUGUAUUAAUAAAUAUAAUAGUUACAUGUGUCACUUUUAAAACAAAUAGUACCACUUGAUGAUUUUGUACACUGAUGUAGUCAACUGGCAGGUUAUAGUAACCCUGCAUUGUAUUGCAACUGACAAAAAUCAGCAAAUUUAUUUUUUUGCAAGCUGAGCUCCAAUACAGCACGGACAACUUAGUCUCAAAAGAGUAGGUAGCAACCGAAUAAAGAGCUCAUUUCCA